GUUGGAUGGCGCUAUCUGCAGUGCUACAGCUGUUCAUCCAGCAGAGGGCGCUGCCUCACAAGUCAAUUCACUCUAUUUUCCAGCAGGAAGAUGUUUUGACAAGCCGUGAUUUUGCGUAACUGCUCUGUAAGUACAGUACUGUACACUGUAUGCCUGUAAUUGUUUGUAAACAUUUAAAAUUGACUAACUGAGAGAGGCAUAGUAUAGAGUUUAGAGCACCAGAAAAAAUACACAACUGAAUAUAUCCAUAUCAAUAUUUAUCUAUCAAUUUUAUUUAAAAUACAAUGUAUCAUACUUUACAACACAAUAUAAUUAUUACAGUUUCAUCAUAAUUAUUAGUACUUAUUCAUGUUAAAUUUGCUGAACAAAGUGAAAAGUAAAAAAAAUACAUGUUUUUAAAUUUGUCUAAAAAUACAAUAAUAUAUUUUAAUGUUAAUGCCUGUUAUAUUUUCGGAAAUAUGUGUCAGUUUCUUGCUUUGCUUUUAUACUUUUAUAUCCUUAUAUUUGAGGGGUGUCAUUGAGGAAAUCUGGAAUUCUCUUGGGAUCGCCUGCAUAUUUACUAAAAAUAAGGAUAUUUUGCUGUGGAGUAUCCAUAAUUCAUCACAAGAAAUGACAACACGAUGCUUUGAAAUAUUGAUAUUUUGCACUAAGGUUCUUUCACUUCAAUCUUUCGUCGUCUCUUGUUUCUGCAACCAAACUUGUUUCAAAGACGUCUGCGACUUUGAGCCAUUGUACCACUCUCUGUGUUCGGCAAGGCCGUGCGUCAGAAAGGACGCUUGACACUACGAAGGCCAAUUUUGAAGUAAACUUGAGCAAAUGGCUCGUUUUUAGCAUCCAGUGUGUCAGGUUCAUUGGUGACGUAUAAACACACUCAAGUGUUUGUCUUCUUCCCACAAUACAUCCUCUUGGUUUCUUUAACCAGACGGCAAAAAUUUGCGAGAGGAGGUCAAGGGACUUUGAUCCAACACGCACACAUAUACAGACACACGCAGAAGAAAAAACACAAGGCGUGUAAACACGUAGGUACACACUUUGCAGUUGCUGCUUUGCACAUGCAUUGAUUGUUCCCAUUCUGUGUGUUCUACUUGAAGGACAUAAAUCAGUGUGUGUGUGUGUGUGUGUGUGUGUGUGUGUGUGUGCGUGGUAGCAUUUGACUGAAGCAAACGCCCUCUUGUGUAUGUUUAUCAUCAACAGAAUCUGCUGUUAAUGAUAGAAGGUGGCUCUGCAGAGCUACUGGGCAAACACGCACACAAGCAGGCUGGGCCAUGGUUUAUAACCCAAUUACCCAGCAUGCCCCUGAGCUUGCAGGAGGCUCUAAAUCCUGGCUUCUACUUCUAUUGUACACUUAACGAUCACUGUCUCUGUAUAGUUCGCGGACCAUCGCUUUUUUAAAUUGUAACCAUGCAUAAUCAUGCGCUAAAAGUUUGUUUUUGCUAAAGUUACAUUAAGUUCAUUUAAAACUGUGGAUUAUUUUGUAAUUCCUGUAAUUACUCUAAAUUAUGUCCAAGUUUACUUUACUAUAACGGUUGCUGGAAUUUGAGAGAUAGCGUAAAUGCUGAGUGAGGUCAAGCAAAAUGGCGACAAUAUAAAGGGCGGUAAUGCUGUUUAAUGCAUCAGAGCACAUCGCAGUCAUCACUCGAAACAUGCAAAUAUACGUUAUCACAAACACUUGAUUGCAGUUGUUGCUGCUGAAGGUGGCCCAGUUAUUAGGUUUGGGGGGGAAUCACUUUUUCCACACAUGGCCGUGUAGGUUUUGAUUUUUUUUUCUCCCUUCAAAGUUUCAUUUAGAAACUGCAUUCUGUGUUCAGUUGUGUUGUCAUUGAGUAAUAUUUAAAUUUGUUUGAUUUAUCUAUAUUUGUUAUCAUCAUUAUAUUUGUCCAAACAAACGUACCUUUCGUCGUACCAGGCAUUAAAAUGGAUCAAUACACUGAAGAAGCAAGGGUGGUCUAAUCAUUUUUUCCAUGACUGUAUAUAUGUGUGUGUGUGCUUGUGUGCUUGUGUGUGUGUGUGUAUGCAUUACAUUUAUUUAAAUGUGUUUAAUAUAAUGUGUUUAUCUUUAUUUACAUUAGUUUAUAUAUAUUCUAUAUUAUUAUUAAUAUUAUAUGGUUAUAAAUAACAAAUAGGCCUAAUCAAUGAACUGAUUGCAUUCCAGAUUCCCAAAUUCCCAGUUUUCUUCAAUGCAUCAUAACAUUAGCCUGAAGGGUUAACUCUCUAUGCUGUUUAAGCAUCUUUAGCAUUAAAGCUGGAAUGACAAGAAAUAGCAAUUAAAGAGCAUUCCUCUGCAUCCCCGGGCAGAUGAAAAGCACCAAUACUUCAACACGGCCUCAUCCAUCCAUUCACCUCAGCAGCCCCUCCUCCAUCCUCCCAUCCAUCCGUCCAUCCAUCCAUCCAUCCAUCCUUGGCUGCCGCGAGCCUCAUCGUCAUGGUUACCACGGCGUCGCUAAGCCCUGAUUUGUGCCACUAGAAGAGUGGAAAAAUGUCUUUCAGCACUCACAGUAUGCUUGACACACUCAUCACUGAGAGCUUCAUUGACAAGUCUUUAACGUUUGUCCUCAGGUCCCACAAAUGUGAAAGUUUGUAUCAUUUAUCAUGCGGGUCGUGUAAGAAACCUGUGGGGAAGUGUUUUUUUUAAAGGCCAUGGUGAUAUUUUAACUGUGAGAUGAACGUCCACGCUGGUGCAAGAGAGGAGCACUCGGCUGUUAAAGUGCAUAUGGAAGCGCUGCAUUUAUGGACCAUUUGUUUCCUGUGUGAAUAAGCCUUGCUGUAGCACUCCACUUCUUCUCAUCUCACAAAGAGGACGCUGGGAGAAGAUGAGGAACCCAGUUGCCAUAGUUUCGCACUGCUUCCUCUCAGGGUCGACUGAGGAAAACUCGGUGACCAGUUGCUCUCAUCCUUUAUGGCUGGCAUGAAUGUGGAUGCUGAUGUAGCGGGUUCCCCGCCUCUCUUUGUUGCAGGAAAACUUCUUUUAUUUUACAUUCUGAAUAGAAAGACAGCAAAUUCUGUCUUUUGGAUGCCCUUUUUUUAUAGAGACGGAAGAGCCGCCAUCAAGCAACCUCUGCCCUUUUUACAUGAAACCUAGCAAAAGCGUGAUAUUGCCGCAACUGCGUGCGUGUUCACACAGCAAUAAACAUGCGUCACAACUAAACACUUGCAAGACAAAUGCUUUUAACACAGGACAGGAAGCUAAACCUCACCCCGGGGCUGUCCCCGCCUCUGUUACGGCUCUGAUACGGCUCUGAUACCGUCUCCAAAGGUUGUUGGAAUGAUUUUGUUCCCCAUCUCCUUUAUAUACGGAACAGAAACAUGGAAAAAAGGCAAAAAAAAUCUUGUCUCAGCAGGCAUACUCAAAUAUUGGACCCAGUUGAACAUAAACAGGGACACUGGUUGCCAUGGGAGUGACAGUAAAUAAUAGGAAUAGAAAUAAUCUGUUCCAGAGUCAACCCAUGGCCAUCAUAAACCCACAGAAACUGCACAGGCAUUGUUUUUUUAGUAAUACUUAUAUAUAGAACAUUUUUAACUGUCGUUGAAAUGUAACAGUAUGUUGACAUUUGUAAUGGAAAUGGAACUAUAAAUGGACAUUUUUAUUUUAUUAUUAUUUAUAUUAUUAUUAUUUUGUAUUAUUCAUGUAUCAAUUAGAAUUAUAUUUCAUUAUAAUUACCGUAUUUUCUGGACUAUAAAUUGCACUUUUUUCAUGGUUUGGCUGGUCCUGCGACUUGUACUCCGGAGCAACUUGUGUUUUUUUCCACACUGACAGCUGCAAGAGGGCGGUCUAGGCUUGUAUGCCAGUAUCUGCUGCUCCUAUCACUCCUGUACCACCGAAAAUUUACAAUGCAAACAUCAACUUAUAAAGACAACUGAGGCCCUGUCCACACGAAUACGGAUAUUUUAAAACCGCAUAUUUUUCUAUGCGUUUUGGCCUCUCAUCCACACGCAUAAAGAGGUUUUUGUCCUUAAAACUGGAGCUUUUGGAAAACUACAGCCAGGGUGAAGAUUUUUUAAAACUCUGGCCUCAGCGUAUUUGUGUGGAUGGCGAAAACGGAGCUUUUUGGCUUGUUGCUGACAGAUGACGUCACAAUUAUGUGCUGUUAUUUCCACAUUAGAUAAGUAUAAUUGAAUGUGUACACUGGCACACAUAACAUUGCGGCUGAAAUGACUUUUUGUGCGUGUAAGAGUAAACGUAGGCCUACUUUCGCUUUACAUUGACAAACAAAGGCGGCAUUGUGGACUUCGGAGGACGCUACACUGCUUCUGUUUUGCUCACUAAACAGCUACGACACCACCGCCAACGAUGACAAUUUGGGACAAGACCCGAUCGGACCUCUAGCUGGUGGGAGGCAAUUGAACAAGGACAGUUUGCCAGAUACAACCUUUGGUGUUACAGCCGAUGGAGUUCUUCCUUGAUCGCUGAAAUGAACGACACUUAACAGCACUGUAGUGUUAACAUUCUAUGGCUUCGGCGCCCCCUUACUUUGGCAUGCGCAUGACAGCCUGCGCAUGUGUAACAUUCUGCAGAUUACAAGCUGCAAGUAGUGAAAUAUGUAGCCGAAAACGGUCAUGGAGCAGCAGAAAGAAAGUGUGAACAAUAGAUGGCCACAGCUUGAGGAACAUGUUCACAAAUGGGUGCUUGCGCAACGUGCUGCCGGCAGAGGCUCGUCAACAGUGCAGUUCUGUCUCCACCAGGUAGGUGCCGAGGCGAUGAAUAUAGAUGAUAUUGUUAUGUUAUGUCAAUAUGUUACGUUAACAUAGCACCUAUUCACGUUACGUAAACAGACGCCUAUUUAGCCUGUUGUUCUGCAUUUUAUUGUUCUUACUAUAACUUGCCUUUCAAGACGAAAUGUCUGUUCUUGUUCUCUGAUUUUAUAGAAUACAUUUCCCCCCUGACAAUGCGACCUAUAGUCCAGUGCGACUUAUAUAUGUUUUUUUCUUCUGCAUUGAGCAUUUUUGGCUGCUGCGACUUAUGUACCGGAAUGACUUAUAGUCUGGAAAAUACAGUACAUUUUAUAUAUAUUUUUUCCAUUAAAAUAUUAUAAUAAAAUAUUGAAACAACAUAAUUAUAUACACUGUAUAUAAAAUGUAAAUGUAAACAUGAUUUAAAAAUUCACUCCUUCAUGUUAACUGGGUGGUGUUGCUGUCAGGUUAUGAAUAAAUGUAAAUAUUUGCAGCACAGGGGUUUAGUGUCGGUGUUAUGUUGUGACACUUGUAGUUUUGUAACGUUGUGGUGUAUGUUUGUGUAUUUUUUGGCAUGCGUCCCAGCCAUGAGAGGUGGGAAGCAGGAGGUAUUGGUUGAGAUGUGAUCCUGCUAUUUUAGUCUGAUUGUGAACAAGAAAGAAAGGCGGAUUGAGAGACUACUUCAUGGAAGUUUAUCGUCUAUGACGUCAUUAUUGCUUGCAUGCAGCACAGCGCUACAUCUCCACUGCGGCGGUCUGCCAGCUAAACUCUGAUGACCUCAUCACUUUUAUUCCCUCUGCACUCCAUCCCUCUAAGGCUCUCCUCUUUUCCUUCCGUUCCGUGCUUACGUAGAGACCACCCCCUGCCAGGAUAGCCAUAAUAGCCCCUCGUCAACUGGGCCGCCGUUGACCUGCCUAUCAUCUUACCGCAAUCCUUGUUGCGCUAUUAAUAUUCACAGAUUGCUCACACAGGAUUUCCUGUAGCAUCCGUGCUAAUCCCUUGCUACUGCGGAAUAUUUCCUGUCGCGUCCGCUUUCCACACGUUGAUGGAAGAUUUGUUAUCAAACAAGUGGAGCCCACCCCAUCGCCGGCGUUUGCAGCUGUCACUCACUGCUGCCAUUGAGUGCAGCAUGAAUGUGAUGAUACUCAUGAGGAGGACGAGCUGAUGGCACUUCCUGCUAAAUGAAGGGCAUUAACCUCAUGUUGUUUACUUCGCCAAGGGGAUCAAAGGUGGAACAGACUUCCUGUCUCAAAUAACCCGCCAAGUGGACGGAGCUUGUGUUCCAUAAACUCUCAUGUCUCAUGGAACUACGUGGAAGAAGGUCCUCUCUCUUAUUGCUUGUUGAACUUCACCUACAGUAGUUUGGUGUUGGUUUUUAGCCAAUGAGAGAGUGAGAAAAUAUUAGAAAGACCACAGGAUGACGGGGAAAUCAAGGAGAUCAACAUCACCCAUGUGGUCAAAGAGGGCUCGGAAAAAGCGGACGCUUCUCACUUUGAGCUGCUCAAGGUGUUGGGUCAGGGCUCCUUUGGGAAGGUGUUCCUGGUGCGCAAGGUGACACCUCCUGAUGACAACCAGCUCUACGCCAUGAAGGUCCUCAAGAAGGCCACGCUUAAAGUGAGGGAUCGUGUGAGGACCAAGAUGGAGAGGAACAUCCUGGCUGACGUCAACCACCCGUUCAUUGUCAAGCUGCACUACGCUUUCCAGACUGAAGGGAAACUCUACUUGAUCCUGGACUUCCUCAGAGGAGGAGAUCUCUUCACCAGGCUGUCUAAAGAGGUGAUGUUCACAGAGGAGGAUGUGAAGUUUUAUCUUGCGGAGCUGGCACUGGGCCUGGACCACCUCCACAGCCUGGGCAUCAUUUACAGAGACCUGAAGCCCGAAAAUAUUCUCCUGGAUGAGGAAGGUCACAUCAAACUCACAGAUUUUGGUUUGUGCAAAGAAGCCAUCGACCACCACGAGAAGGCCUACUCCUUCUGUGGUACGGUGGAGUACAUGGCGCCCGAGGUUGUCAACCGGCAAGGGCACACCCACAGCGCCGACUGGUGGUCGUUUGGAGUGCUGAUGUUUGAAAUGCUGACUGGAUCGCUGCCCUUCCAAGGGAAGGACCGCAAAGAAACGAUGAACAUGAUUCUCAAGGCUCGUCUGGGAAUGCCUCAGUUCCUCAGCGCCGAGGCCCAGUCUCUGCUCAGGGCUCUGUUCAAGAGGAACCCCGCCAACAGACUGGGAUCUGGUCCUGACGGAGCAGAGGAGAUCAAACGCCACGGUUUGUUUUCCAAUAUCGACUGGAAUAAGCUGUUCCGAAGAGAAGUAAAACCCCCAUUCAGACCAGCGGUGGCACGCCCCGACGACACCUUCUACUUUGACUCGGAGUUCACCUCCCGAACCCCUAAAGAUUCUCCCGGUGUGCCGCCGAGUGCCGGGGCUCACCAGCUUUUCAGAGGCUUUAGCUUCAUUGCGUCGUCUCUGUUGGAAGAGGAAGGUUUAACCGAGCCGGUGCAACCCCUGCCUCACCCGGUGGUCCAGCAGCUGCACGGGAAGAACUUGUUGUUCAGCGACGGCUACGUGUUGAAGGAAGACAUCGGCAUGGGCUCCUUCUCCGUGUGUAAGCGAUGCGUCCACAAGGCCACCAACACGGAAUACGCCGUCAAGAUGAUCGACAAGACCAGCACAGACCCCUCCGAGGAGAUCGAGAUCCUGCUUCGAUACGGACAGCACCCCAAUAUCAUAACACUGAAGGACGUGUACGACACGGGGAAGCAGGUGUUCCUGGUGACGGAGCUGAUGCGCGGAGGGGAGCUUCUCGACCGGAUCCUCAAGCAGAAGUUCUUCUCAGAGAGGGAGGCCAGCGCCGUGCUGCACACCAUCACCAAGACUGUGGAGUACCUGCACUCACAAGGGGUGGUGCACAGAGACCUGAAGCCCAGCAACAUCCUCUACGUGGACGAGUCGGGCAACCCCGAGUCCAUUCGGAUCUGCGACUUCGGCUUCGCCAAGCAGCUGCGCGCCAACAACGGUCUGCUGAUGACUCCCUGCUACACCGCCAACUUUGUGGCUCCUGAGGUGUUGAAGCGUCAAGGCUAUGAUGAAGGCUGUGACAUCUGGAGUCUGGGAGUCUUACUGUACACCAUGCUGGCUGGCUUUACUCCAUUUGCCAACGGGCCAGAGGACACCCCAAACGAGAUCCUGAACAGGAUAGGCAACGGUCACUUCAGUCUGUCUGGAGGCAACUGGGACACGGUGUCCGACGCUGCAAAGGACCUCGUGUCCAAGAUGCUCCACGUAGACCCACAUCAGAGGCUGACUGCCAAGCAGGUCCUCAGACACCCGUGGAUUGUACAGAGAGACAAGCUCCCCAACAGCCAGCUCCCACAUCAGGACCCCAAACUGGUCAAGGGUGCCAUGGCAGCCACGUACUCGGCCCUGAAGAACUCUCAGCCCACCCCCGAACUCAAACCCAUCGAGAGCUCCUUCCUGGCUCAGCGGCGUGUCAAGAAGCUUCCGUCCACCUCCCUGUAGACACCGACAUCUCCCCUACCAGCUGUCGGCAAGCCUGAUCGCUCAAGGGAGCGGGACUACCAGCCAAGGAACACUGACUGUGACCCUAAACACACAUUUUGUCUGCUAGAAGAUGGAUGGAGGGUUAUGUGUAAGGGUGUGUGUGUGUGUGCGUGCGUGCGUGCGUGCGUGCGCGUGUGUGUUCCUGCAUGACCACCAUGCCAUUUUCAUUCAGCUUGCUGCACGUUUAUUAUUUGUCUGCCUGUUUCUUCUUCUUCUGUCUCAUUGUUUGCUUGAUGAUGAGCUUUACAUGAGCGGCCUGUGCUGCUAAAAUCCAUUUGUGCCGGCAGCACCGCGGCCGCAGUACUGUCCAAAUGCUGUUCAGCUGUUGUUUCUAUAUAUAUUAUAUAUAUAUAUAUAUUAGUAAUGUGAAUAAGAUUAUAUAUAUAUAUAAAAAUAUAUAUUUCUGCCAUAAAUGCCUCUUUGGCUUUGGUACAGCCAGAAAAUGGGGAUUGUGGGAAAUGUUUGUCGAUGUUUCUUUUCCAAUGUCAGUUUGCAUGACUCGCAGUGUGCAGUCUUUCCUUCUCUCCGUGUGAUAUGUUUGUUCUUUUUAUAAUUUCAUUACAAACUGGUGGCUUUCUGUGAAAGAGACUCGGCAUGUUAGAAAAAAUAAAUAAAUAUUGGCUCCAUUUUUUUGUGUGUGUGUGUGUUUUAGUUUUUAAAUUUGGCAUAAUGAAUGCAUGUUUCCUGUGCUGGCUGCUUUUGUUGUUGAUUUCUCUCUAUUUGUGUGUUGGUUUAAGAUAGUGCAAGACAUACUGAGCACAUUGCAGAUAUAUAUAUAUAAAAAAAAAAAAAUCAAAAGGUCUCUUCUUGUGUUAGAGGCCAAGUAGACUGUUCUGACAUCAUGGAAUUAAGUCCUUUUUUUCUCUCUUUAAAUUCAAAUCACUGGUUGUGUUUCAUUCAUUGUUUUUUAUAUAUAU